CGUGCGUGCGUGCGUGCGUAUGUGUGUGAAAUAAAAUAAAAGGUUAAAACCAAUCUCCACGUGUCGUUGCCUUGUCGUGUAGCGUAUGGCACAAGAUUUGAGGGGCCGCUUGUGACAAUUUAAUUCGCGGUGGCCACCUCGGUUCGCGUACCCUCGGUCGGGGUUCGUGUGGCCGAUGACAUCGAUGUCGGUGACAUACUAACGAAUGCGCACGCGGAAACGGUCGCGUGCUACUCACGGAUCGCCUCGACGCCGGGAAGCGCUCUGCCGACAUGUCGACUUUCUACCUGAGCCUCGCGGCGGCGACCCUGUGCCUCUCCUGCGCGGCGGCCCCGCGCGGUCCCGGGCCCGACGAAGCGGUGUGGAGGGAGCCCGGAGAAGCCGUGACCGUCCGGUGCCGAUCUUCCCAUCCGAAGCCCGAGUACCUGAGUCUGAUGACGGGUCGCGGCGCCGGCGGCCGCGGCGACGUAAGGGUCCUGUUCAAAGACGACCAGCCGGGCGGCGGCACCGUCGCCCCCGAAUACCGAGGCAGACUUCGGUGCAGCGAAACGUUUCCGGACGUGGACGUCGUCAUCGACCCCGUGACUCCCGCCGACGCGGGGCGGUACGAGUGUGUGUAUUUGAAAUACGAUCGCCAACGGCGACCCGUGGAGUUGCCGGGCACGGGGUCGGUGUUCCUGGUCGUGCCGCAGCCGUCGUCGCCGGGCGAGAGGUGUCGAGACGAGCUAUGGGAUGACACCCCCCCUACGACACUGGCGACCUGCGCCUUUGUUGUCCUGGUCGUCGUCGUCAUCGCGUGGUGCUUCGCGUGGACGCUCCUGAAGGCGUGCAGGAUGUCGAAGGAAGCGCUGCGGCGGUGGCGGCAGCGGCAGGAGAGGAAGAAGCUGCAGCGGUUCCCCCUCGACGACGUGUACGAGGACAUGAACGCGACGGUGGCGCGCUAGAGACAUCGGCCGACCGGGGCAGAGAGAGAGAGAGAGCGAGAGAGAGAGCGAGAGAGAAAUUCCAGCACCUCGGACAGACGCCA